AUGGCAGACUCAGCAUUUGCCUAUCAUGAGCCAUCGAUUUCCACCAUCCUCAACCAAACCGGCCUGCUGCUGGUGCUGAAUAUAGUCAAUACUUGCCUCGACAAGCUGCUUUACUGCGGCUUGAUCGGCCAGCUCUUCGUUGGGAUUCUCUGGGGUACCCCUGGAGCUCAAUGGCUCGAUCGCAGUGUUGAGACCGUCAUCCAGCAGCUGGGGUACCUAGGCCUGAUUAUGCUCGUGUACGAGGGCGGCUUAUCCACCUCGCUCUCCUCCCUCAGAGCAAACAUGUACCUCUCUGUUGCAGUAGCCUUUACUGGCAUCGGAAUCCCCAUGGCACUGUCAUUUGUUCUCAUGGAACUGGUCUCCGCGACCCCGCUGCAGGCUUUUGCUGCUGGUGCGGCUCUUAGCGCGACGAGCUUGGGCACUACGUUCACGAUUCUCUCAACAACUGGGCUUAUCACCACCCGCCUCGGGACGGUCACAACUAGUGCGGCGAUGCUGGAUGACGUCGUUGGCCUUGUGAUGGUUCAGAUAAUAUCCAAUCUGGGUGGGAGUGGCAAUUCGUUCAGUGCACUGACUGUAGUCCGCCCGCUGUUCGUAUCACUCGGCCUCGGAGUUGGCGUUGUUCUGGCAUGUCGGUUCGUCCUCCGGCCGUUUCUGAUGAGAGUGCUCCCAUCUAGGGACAGACUGCCAGGAUUUACGUCUACGCCCCAAUUCGCGUUCCUUAGGUAUACUGGCUUGCUCGUGGGCUUGGUUGCUGGUGCUACGUACGCCGGCACGUCGAGUCUGUUAGCUGCGUACCUCGCUGGUGUUAUAAGCUCGUGGUUUGACGGCCUGCUGCGAGCGAUGCCGGUCUCAACCGCCGAAAGCAGUUCUUUCCGCCAGGAGGCUUCGCCACAACCUGCCUCACGCGACUCAAGCGUAACUCACUCUCCUCGAUCACCCGAACCUGGCCAAGAGAGAGAGCAAAUAACAGGAAUGCAUAUUUACGAGCACUACUACCAAGGCCCUGUUAACCGGAUUCUGACCCCCAUGUUUUUCGCUUCAAUUGGCUUUGCCAUACCAAUCACCGAGAUGUUCCAGGGUAGCGUUGUAUGGCGCGGCUUCGUCUACGCCCUUUUGAUGACGUUCGGCAAAAUGUGUACAGGGUUGUGGCUGGUACGAGGAUCUCCCGUGUCCGGUCUUACCACCUUCGCCCGUAUACUCAAGGCUUCCUUGUCUUAUGUGACAUCCUGUCUCCGCCGGCCGCUAAAGAGUCAAAGCGAGAAAUCCCCCCAUGCUCAACAAGCACAGCACAGGGAGCCGGUUCAGAAUACGGACGGGGCUCCACAGGAACCCAGCGAUAAUCGAAGUGCGCGCGUUGGCUCAAACAACCAAAAAGAAGGAGAAUACGCCACAAACACUGAUUCUGAUCGUCCACCACAGCGAGAACCCGACCAGCGUACACCGUUCGUGUCAUCACUCCCACCCAAGCCCAAGUCCCUCUACCCAGCAACGAUCCUGUCUCUAGCCAUGGUAGCGCGUGGCGAAAUCGGCUACCUGAUUGCUUCUCUGGCAGAGUCCAAUGGUAUUUUUGGAAAGGAUUCGCAAGGGUCGUCUGAGACGUAUCUCGUAGUAGUCUGGGCAAUCUCGCUUUGCACUCUGAUUGGACCUAUCUCGGUUGGAACACUCGUCAAGCGGGUCAAAAUUCUGCAGCGACAACGCGAAAACAGUAAUACGGGUGGAGCUGAUCCGCUUGGUGUCUGGGGGAUCUAG